GCUCCGUUCGGUCGACGGUUGAAACGAUAUCUUCUCGAGUGCGCGCGCGCGCGACCACACAUCCUGAGUCGAUUUUUCCCUCUCAUUGGACGAGCUUACCGGGGUUUUCUUGCCUUUGUGGGUCGCAUGGAAUAGUCCCAGUGUACGUGCCGAGUCUGUCGCCGGAAAAGAACCUUUUUCCCAUUAGUUUUAUUAACCUCCCGUUUUUGGUACAGUUUAGAGCCCAGUGCUCGAAAAGUAAAUUGCUGAUAGCGUGUAAAGUUGUGGGUGUGUGCGUGUUUUGUGCGAUAUUAAAUUUUCACACCAUUCGGCCGAAAAUCGACAGAUAUAUUCGCGGACAUUCGGUGCAUGUGUUUGUAUCGGUACCGGCAAAGUGAGCAAACGUGCGGUGCUCUGAAAGCCGCCGGCAAAGGUUACUUUGUUAGCGAAAACCGUCGUGAAAGUGCACCAGCGUCAUCAUCAUCGGUGAUCGAUCGGAGUAAAUCGCGGCCAACGAUCGCGGCCGUUGAGGAUAACAAGUUCCAAACUUGGCCAACACAACACCCACCACAGUUUCCGAGGUGAAAGCCGAUCACCGGAUCUGUUGACUCAGCUGCUCUCUGUUGAGAACACCGAAAAGGAAGCGCGCAUCGAGCGACACACGCCGUGCCGGGGAACAAAUUGCCCGUAAAACAAUCCACCAGGAGCCACGUUAGGAGCACCACACAUACGAAAAAAAAAAAACUACGCCUUAAUAGAACGAGCGUGCGUGGGGGUUACCAUUUGUUGCCACUUGUCGCGCUCCGGACGCGAACGUUGCAAAUUGUGGCCACAUCCGUGGGCGGCAGAAUUCGCGGCACCAACGGAGAGCAUCAGCCGGACGGUGGUGGUAAUUAUCUCCCACGGCGCAGCACAAAAUGUUUAGCCCCGAGUACGAGAAACGCUUCCUGAAGCACCGCAGCCCCACGGCGCGCAGUCUCUUCAGUGCCGGUGAAUCCUCCUCGUCCUACGAUCGCUUCAUUCCCUGUCGUGCAAACAACAACUGGCAGACCAACUUUGCCUCGAUCAGCUCGAAAUCGAACGAAAACUCGCCCCAAUCGUCGAAGAAGCAGCGCGAUUGUGGCGAAAACGCACGCGACAGUCUCGCCUACAGCUGUCUGCUGAAGAACGAACUGCUCGGAACGGGAAUCGACGACGUGAAGCUGGUGGCGGACGAUAAGAUCGGUGGCGGAAGUGGCGGUAGUGGCGCUGGUGUCGGUGGUGGAGGAAGUGGCAACGGCGGCGGAGGCGGAUCCAAUGGUGUGGUCGGGGGCAGCGGUGGUGCCGGCGGUCUCCUGGCGAACAGCAACCGGACCGGAUUGUUCAAGUAUCAAUCGCCAACGAAGCAGGACUAUAACGAACAGUGCCCGUACUCGCUAUCGCCGGUGAGCAUCAAAAGCCAGAAGCUGCUCCGUUCGCCCCGGAAGGCGACGCGCAAAAUAUCGAAGAUCCCGUUCAAGGUGCUGGACGCGCCGGAACUGCAGGACGACUUCUAUCUCAACCUAGUCGACUGGUCCGCCCAGAACGUGCUGGCCGUCGGGCUCGGCAGCUGCGUCUACCUCUGGAGUGCCUGCACCAGCCAGGUGACCCGGUUGUGUGAUCUGAGCUCCGAUUCCAACACGAUCACGUCCGUUUCAUGGAGCGAACGGGGCCACCAGUUGGCGGUGGGCACGCAGCACGGAUACGUCACGGUUUGGGAUGUGGCCGCUAGCAAACAGGUUAACAAACUCCUGGGACACUCGGCACGCGUUGGCGCCCUCGCCUGGAACGGCGAUGUCCUAUCGAGCGGGUCUCGAGAUCGCCUCAUUCUGCAGAGGGACACCCGGACCCCGUCGCAGGUACCGGAACGGCGCCUGGUCGGGCACCGGCAGGAAGUGUGUGGCCUCAAGUGGUCCCCCGACAACCAGUAUCUGGCGAGUGGUGGCAACGACAACCGGCUGUACGUGUGGAACCAGCAUUCCGCGUCGCCGGUCCACUCGUACUCGGAGCACAUGGCCGCCGUGAAGGCGAUCGCCUGGUCACCGCACCACCACGGGCUGCUGGCGAGCGGUGGCGGGACGGCCGACCGGUGCAUUCGCUUCUGGAACACGCUCACGGGCCAGCCGAUGCAGUGCGUCGACACCGGGUCGCAGGUUUGCAACCUGGCCUGGUCUAAACACUCGUCCGAGCUCGUCUCCACGCACGGCUACUCGCAGAACCAGAUCCUCGUGUGGAAGUACCCGUCGCUAACGCAGGUGGCCAAACUGACCGGGCACUCGUACCGCGUGCUCUACCUUGCCCUCAGCCCUGACGGUGAAGCGAUCGUGACGGGAGCCGGCGACGAAACGCUGCGGUUCUGGAACGUGUUCAGCAAGGCGCGAUCGCAGAAGGAAAACAAGAGCGUCCUCAAUCUGUUUACCAACAUUCGGUAAAAUUCGGCACCACGCCACAGAGGCCAAAGUAGUGCGCUUUGUUGCGCGACCGUCGUGCUGCUGCUGCCACCAGAGAGAGGCGCGUUUGAGGAGACGCCGCCGUGCCUCUAGGACCACCCCUCGAAGGCAUUUGUUUUUUAGGUUUUCUUUUAUUUAAUUUUUUUUAGGAAUUUCUUAUUUUUGCCAAUGGUGUGGCAUUUUUUUCCAUUUGGUUGCAACACAAAAAUCGAGAAGAGCUCUUGUUUAAUGUACAUAUUACGUAUAGAUAUAUAUAGAUAUAUAUAUACACAUUUUAGGAUAUAGUUUUCGUUACUCACUGCUUCCCGCUGUAGCUGUUUAGUGCUUUAUUCGGCAUCAGUUCAUUCACUGCGUAGCAUUUUUCGAUCAUUAUUUUGUUGGGGCUCUAGAUUUUCCUUUUCCCCGCGCCUGCCCGAAGGGAAUGUUUAGUUUCUUUAGUUCUCUUGGGAGUGGUUGGAAUAAGUUGUAUAAAUUAAUCUAAGACCACUCCCGAUCGCGCGCCAGUCAUCAUAAUGAUAGUAGAGCCAGCGCCAGCAAGCGGUCGCGCCGCUGUGAACAUAAUGUGUAAUGUUCGCUUAUUAUUUUUUUGUUUAUUUCGAUGAAUUAUUGAACUAAAAUUGAACUCAAAUCUAAAAUUUUGAUGAAUUAUUGAAAAUGCAGUCAAAAAUUGUCUUUUAAUUUGAUGCGUGUAACUAAGGGCCUAGAAAGGAGAUGAACGACGGAACUGUUUGAGGUAGAAUUUAGGAACUCAUCGGAGGCGCACUGUGUUCAAUCAAGGAAAGGAAUAAAAAAUUGUCAGUAUAAUAACAUUCGUAUCCGGGUGUUCUCCUGUGGGAUUCGGCAAUCGCAAUGAAUGACGCAAAAAGGUGAUAAAAAUGCGUACGCGUUUGCGCGUUUAUUUAUGCUUGCGAUUUCGUCACAAAAUAGGAAACAUAUUUUCCGCUGGGCUCGGUUUGGGCCGGGCGUUUCGAGCGCAGGAUUUCGCUCGUAAAACGCGACCCAUACCGGGCCAGCCGAUACGCCAAACCCGGAUACGGUUCUCACGGUUUCAAACGAUUCGACUCCAUUGCGAAUCUCCAGUGGAAGGAUGGCGUGCGCGCGUGUUCCUUUCAUUUGACGUUCGGAAAGCAAAAUUUGCCAAUAAAGAUCUCGUCUCGGUUCCCCGAUUGCGAUGCAACAGGUGGGGGAACUUUUAUCGCGGUGGAUGAAGUGUUCGUCCCACUAUUUGAGUGUGUUUGGUGUAUUCCAUUUUAGUUGUGAUAAGG